AACACUCGAUUUUUAUCACGCUACACCUAUAUAAACUCCUGCAUUGUACAUCCGUCACCGCAGCCAUCACAAUGAAGACUUUAUUAACCUAUUCGUUUGUAAUCUUCGCCGCUUUCUUCAUCCACGUACAAACAACGCAAGUGGACCAAUGUCAGAACAUAAUCGCCCCUUUGCCACUAGAAGUCGACAUCGUCAACUGUAUAGUGCCGUCCUGCGUGUUCUACAUUAAUUCCACCGGUGUCAUGAAUCUGAAAUUCAUAGCACCUCGGUACUUGGAGAACAUAGCUCCUGCUGCUGUGGCGACCGUGGCAGGGCUUAACGUUUCGUACCCCCUACAACAACCAGAUGCCUGCGUGGGCAUCACCAACACGCCGUGUCCUCUAGCCGAAGGAGAAUACGUGGAGUACACUUACUCCAUGUUCGUGCUUCCUCUAUUCCCACAAAUUGAUUUAGAAUUGGAAUUUUCGCUUCAGGAUUUGGACAGACACAAGGAACCUUUUGUGUGCUUUAGGGUGGCGUUGUCGCUUAAAUAACCAUAAUAAUAAUAACAUUAACUUAAUAUUGUUCUAUUUGUAACACUCGAGCACGUUGUGUGACCACUUUGUAUAAAAUUAUUUUAAAAUUUUACUUUAACUUUUAAAGUGACAAAUAAAAUGUUAAAGAAA